AUGGGCCCAGAUCGUGAUUCAAAGUCGUUUGGUACUCUCUUGAAGGAACUGCUCACUGGAGGAGCAAUGUACUUCUUGAGUGUGAUCUCUGUGGCAUUCAUAAACAUGAUGCUACUACUCUCUGAACCGACCCCUUUGAAUGGCAUCUUCUUGACCCUAGAAGGAGUUCUCUGCUGCGUUAUAAGCAACCGUCUUCUCUUGCAAAUUCGGCGAGUCGACAGCAGGCAACGCGCUGCUGAGGUCUCAGCUCAGAUCGAGUCGAUGAACUUUACACCGAAUCCUGCAAUCUUCCACGACGAACCUUCCCUGGUCCCGGAUGGCGAAAUUAGUUCUUUAGAGACUGUUGGCUCUUCAUAG